CCUCCAAAACAGAGCCACAACCGCCAAGGCAUAGUUUAGGAGGCAAAACAAAGAUGACAGGAUUCCUUUCUUCUAGCACGGGUGCUCGCAGUCCUACUGCUAGGACUGGUAUCCUCUUCGCAUUCUUUUUGUUGGCUGCUGUUUUCCUUACUGGUACCAUUGGCCAGUGGUGCUUGAAUAAAAGAUACAAAGAUUCGGAACAUGUUGCUGCAAAAGCAACGGUCAGAUCUACCUUACCAUCUGCUACAGGUACUUUUACACUACUAGAUACCAGUACCGGUAGUGGCAGCAGUGCUACCCUGGGUGCCACCAGUCUUCGUCAGCACACUGAUCAUACUCCUAAUGAUGAUAAGAAAGUUGGAUGGGAAUUUGCGGGUCCCACGACCUACCGGUUCCAGGAUGAAGGUCUCGCUUCUGCGGCUGCCGUACAAACUGUGGUGGAAUCCAAGGAUUAUUGGUUCAUUGGCAGUGUCAAUGGGGGUAUUUGGCGAACCCCCAAACCCAUGAGUCAACAUCCUCAUUGGGAAAAUGUCCUCGAUGGACAACCCGUCACCUGCUCUUCCAUAUCGGCCAUGCAUGUGGCUCUCAAUUAUACUUCCGGUACUGGCCAUCCAGGUAUGAUAGUCUAUGCUGGCUGUGGUGGAUCCACGUCUUCCGAGCAAGGAUACGAUUGGAACGUCGUCAAUUCGGGUGAUUGGGGAGGAAUCAUGGUAUCCAAAGAUCAGGGUACCACUUGGUCUAUGGUAGAUGGGUUCCCAGUCAACUACUACGUUACGGAUAUUUAUGUGGUCCGAGAAAAUGAUGGCAAACCUGUCCUUUUGGUGGCAGCGCAAUCCCACCUGUGGGAUCGAAACAAGGGAGGAAUUUGGAGGUCUGACAAUUAUGACGGCACAUCGUUCCAGCAAGUCUCGAAAAGACCUACCUUCUCCCUGCUCCCAUUUGAUCCUAGUGGGAAUUGGAUCUUGGCUACCCACACACACUCCACCAACACUACUGUUUCUAUUUCCCGCACCUCUCGCAGGUCCUUUCGAGAGCUCCCACCAUUGCCAUGGCAGACACCGGGAACCGUACCAUUUUAUACAUGUGCCACAGUGAUAUCUACACCAGGAGGUGGCAGAUACAAAAUCAUUGUUGGAGCUCUAACUCGAUUGCCCGGUGGUCUCUCCAAUCACACCGAUUCUCAAAUCUUUGUCAGUGGAAUUUUCGAUCCGGGCGAUUAUCCACCACGACCUGUACCGUGGUCCACGUUACCACAGCCCAUGAGAUUGGAUCAGGAUUCCAUGCCCAAGGAUCGAAUGGCACUGCUGCUCGAUCCCCACGAUUCUGAUUUCAUCUAUGUGGCGGGAAAUGCAGAAGCCUUGGUGUGGCGAGUCGAUAUCACCACACAAGUAUGGGCUCCUCUCUGGGACGACCAUACUGGUAUUCCUCAUGCAGAUUGCCGUAAUUUUGCCUACGAUUCGGACCUCGAUCGCCUCUUGUUGGUGUCCGAUGGAGGCAUUUUUGGCCGAGAGGCCGUGGGAUAUUGGGUGUCACUCAAUGGAGAUUAUAGCGGCUUGGAAGUGCUCACGGCACAAUACGAUCCACAACAAGACCGUUACGUGGCGGGAGCACAGGACAAUUGCGUCCUGGUGGUCCGUGGCGACAACUCACACGACGAGGCGGUUGGAUUCAUCGAGGGAGAUGGCACUGUCACGGCCGUGGACAGUCGGGCGAAUCCUAGUCGACUCUUUGGAGCCGUGCAAUUCUUGGGAUUAGAUACUCUAGACAAUGAUCCAGAUUCUUCAGUGUUGAAGGAUGACGACGACGAUGACGAUUGUGGUGGGAUUUGUUUUCUGCAAGGCGACAAGAGCAUUCACAUCCCUGUGGACAAGUACUUUCCAGAACCAUCGUCCUUUCCCUAUUUUGUCCAUCACUUUACUCUCAACUACCAAGAUCCGACACUAUUUCAGUUUUGGGUCAACAGGACCGGUGGAGACGACGAACGACCCAGCGGAAUCUAUCAGUUGCAUAUUCCCUACACCGUCCAAGAUCCCGACGACAUUGGGCCUCCAACCAUGGUAAUGAAAACUCCGCCAGGGUCCAUGAUUAUGAACUUUGUGUCGGGUGGCUACACGGCGGGCACACCGGAUCCAAAUCUGCUUGUGGGCAUAUCCAAUACGCAUGUACAUGUACGCAGUCUCAUUGACCACAGCGACGAUGGAGGCUUGGUGAUCAGACCUUUGCCAGUCACCUUUGCGAUCCCCUUGACGUUGGACUAUGACAAGAACACAGGAGCGAGAAUUCUGGGUCCCGUGACACAUGCCCGAACGGUCUUCUUGUCGGUAUUGUCCGAACGAGACUCUCGUGUCAUGGCCGUCACCGGAUGGCAAAGCAUUCAAGACAACCUGGGAGAGGAGGCAGUCUUUUUCACCACCGAUGCGGGAAAAUCGUGGAAGAAUGUUACUGGAAACUUGAGAGAGGCAUCGGGUGUGGUGGGCAAAGUGCGGCCUGGUGGGAUCCUGUUGGUAGAUCUUGAUAGACAUUACGCCUUAAUGGUUGGAUCUAGCAAUGGCAUCAUGGUCACCUUCGUGAAAGCAUCGUUGCGAGACAUGGAUGACCCAGACACGACAACAAGCAACGAUGUGGUUGAUCCAUCACCUCCCCCAACUUGGGUCCGAUUGGGCACAUAUGAAGAGUUUCCCAUUGUUUUGACAGCAAAUGUGGAGUACGAACCUACAACGGAUCGGUUGGUGGCAGCCACCUAUGGGAGGGGAAUUUAUGUAUUGAAGGACGCCAAGGCGAAACUCCUGGAUGCUCAGAGACAAAUGGACGAAGGUCGCUUGGCGUCGUCAACCUAUGGAAAUGGCCCAGGGCUAUCGCCGGCAUUGAAGUGACUGCAAUGCAAGAAAAUGCAAUGCAAUGCAAAUUAGCACUGGCUCUCUGCAUCAAUCCACCUGUAGUCUCUGGUCCCGCCUCACCCCGUUCGAGGCUGCCUAGAUGCAAGGGGUGGAUCAUUUUGGAACAAAAUCUUUACGAACAAGCACAAAACAGUAAACAGUAACGUGAAAUCUAUUACUUCAGUUGUCACAAAACGAUAAGACAAGGGCUUUCCAAUUGCGGUGAGAAUAGCCAGCUUGGCUGAUAAGGACCUCCUUGACAUGGAGUGCGCCAGACCUUCCCUGCUACUGGUACCAGAUCAAAAGAAUCUCUACU